AUGGGUCGUCCGCAACGUAGAAAGGCGCGUGCACAUGGCGUGGCCGCACACUCGAGCGACUCUUCUCGCCUUCGAAAGAUGCAAGAAACCGGAGACUCCCUCGGUGCUGCGGCCGUCGCUGCGACAUUCGGCAGCGACGACCUCUCAAAUUUGCUGGGCGACAACCAGGCGGACCACGACGACGAGGCCACGACGGAAGCGCAGAGCUUGAGCCGCGGCCAACGCAAGCGUCUGAAGCGGCGCGCUGCGUUUAUGCGCAAGAUGGGAAUGGUGUCGCGCGUGGCGCAGGAGCAGCAGCGGGAGACGGAGACGCAGACGCACGGCGCGUUCGCUGACUUGGACGAGCUGCAGACGUCGCUGUUUCAAGCUGAAGAGGACACGGAGAGGAAGAAGAAGGGGAAGGGGUUGGCAGAUCGGAAGUCGACGAAGAAGGCGCUGAGCGGGCGGCAGCGCCAGAAGCUGGCGGUGCGCGAGUUGGGCCAGCUGAAGGCCGUGCAGACGCACUCGGGAUUCCAGACGGACCCGUUCGCGGCGAUUCAGGUCCAUCUGCUGAACACGGUCGUGCAGGCCAAUCAGGAGUUGCUGCAGAAGACCGAGGCCAAGCAGAAACGAGGUGCUUUGAGCAUGGACGUCGAGGCGGUCUAG